AUGUCUAAACAAACACAAAAACAGUUAGAGGAAGAUAUCAUAAGAGAGACUAAUAGAAAGAAAAAAGAACGAGCAAAAAAUUCAGAGUGUUAUCAAAUAGGAUUUAUGAUUUAUCUUAUGGUUAAAAAUAAAAGAGAAGUUGUUAUUCAACGACUAGAAAAAAAAAGUAAAAAAACAGAACAAUUUUAUAGAGUUAUUGAAAUUAGAGGAAAUGAAACUUUUAAGUUAAAAGAAGAAGUUGAAAAAGAAGCUAAAGAACAAGCAGAACUUAUUCAAAAUAUUACACAAAGAAAACGGUAUUAUCAAAAAAAUUGUUCUUCUGUUGCUUUUAAUUGGAUAGUAAAAAUACUUCAAAACAUUGGAUAUUCAUUUGAAUUUAUGAAUUCUAAAGAGUCAAUUAAUACAGUGAAAAUGAAACGGUUUAAACAUGUUCAUUUUAUGAAUGAAGAUUUUCCUAAAGAAGUAAUAGAGAAAAUUGGCAAAAGAACUCUUAACUUCUUAGGAAAAAAAUUUGAAGAAACUAAGUCAAAAGAAAUAGUUGUUAAUUCUCAGAUAGACUUUUCUAUUGAAGAAAUUCUUGAAGAUAAAAAUUAUAAAAUAAAUGAAGAAAAAAUGAAUAUUGAUUCUUCAUAUCCUUAUUCACUUCCUCAACAAUUAAUUACUCCAAUUAAUAUAGAAAAUAUUUAUUAUAUUCAAGGAUUAAAUACCUUUUAUCAACUUAUUCCAAUUGAUUUAACUACUGGGACUACUGGAUUAUUACCACACCAUGAACCUUAUAACCAAUAUGAAACACUUUUAAUGGGAUAUCUUCCAACAAAUUAUACACAACAACCUCUUUUACCAAUGUCUUUAGUGAGUAAUAUUACUCAAUCAAACAUAGCCAUUAUCGAGCCACAUGCUUGA